CAUCUUCCUUCCCUCUUUUCCAGUCUGCAUCUCUUAUCUGGGAAGAUUUUAUCAGGACCUCAAAGACAGAGAUGUCACAUUCUCACCAUUCUCUAUUGAAAAAGAACUUAUAAAAUUCUGCCGGGAAGCAAGAGGCAAAGAGAAUCGGUUGUGCUACUAUAUCGGGGCCACAGAUGACGCUGCCACUAAAAUCAUCAACGAGGUGUCCAAGCCCCUGGCCCACCACAUCCCUGUGGAGAAGGUCUGUGAGAAGCUCAAGAAGAAGGACAGCCAGAUCUGCGAGCUAAAGUACGACAAGCAGAUCGACCUGAGCACGGUGGACCUGAAGAAGCUCCGGGUUAAAGAGCUCAAGAAGAUCCUGGACGACUGGGGGGAGACGUGCAAAGGCUGUGCGGAGAAGUCUGACUACAUCCGGAAGAUUAACGAACUGAUGCCUAAAUAUGCCCCCAAGGCAGCCAGUUCACGGACUGAUUUGUAGUCGGCCUGAUCCCUGUUGCACCGGAGGGGAAAGCAGCUCACCUGCGUCUUCCCCACAGCCUUUUUGUAAUUUAUUUUUUAGGCGGGCUCCUGACAAUGUCAGGUGUGAAGCCUGGAGCUUUCCUGAUGAUGCUGGCUCUCCAGCGCCCCCCUGGGGGGAUUCACUUUGUUCUGUUGCUGGUUUACUCUAGGACUUCAAAGUGUGUCUGGGAAUUUUUUAUUAAAGGAAGAAAAUUUCUAGCUGUC